UAUCAGUGUUUGCUCCAGCUGUGUGGCUACCAAAGAGUUCCCAGUCUCCCAGUUAAUCAUUGGACCAGUGGAGAUCAGACAUGAAGCAGCAAACCUUCUGCGCGGUCCUGGUUCUGGCGUUCUGGACCCCUUGUCACGGCGGGCCCCUGACGGCCCCCCACGCCAACAUCACGGACCAGGAGCUGUUCUGGGGCGCCGACCAGUACGACUUCUCCGUGGUUCUGUCCGCCGCCGGCAUGGAAUGUUUCUGGCACUUUGCUCACACGGGAGAGAAGUUCUACCUCAGCUUCAUGGUGCAGUGGGUGACGGGUGUCGGCCAUGACAGACACCUGUCCGUCACCGUCAACGCCCCGAGUGGCCUGCUGCUCUCCGGCGUGGACGACGCCACUGGUCAGGUGGAAUUUGACGCCAAGGAGACUGGUUUCUACCAGAUGUGUUUCAGCAACUUCCACAACCGCCUGGGAACGAUGCAGGUGUUCCUCAACUUCGGCGUUUACUACGACGAGCACCGCCCGGAUGGCGGCGGCGGCGACAACGUGAAGAAAGACGCCGCGUCCAAGCAGCUGAACGACACGCUGAGCAUCAUCCAGGACUCCGCCCACAAGGUGGAGAACCACGUCUUCCACAUGUUCCGUUACUACAACUUCGGCCGCAUGAGGAAGAGCGCCGACUACUACCUGCUGAUGUCCAACGCCCGCUACGUCACCUGCUGGUCGGCGGCACUCAGCCUCCUGGUGGUGGCCUCGGGUUACCUGCAGUUGGUCUUCCUCAAGAGUCUCUUUGGCCGUGAGGCCGACCCCCAGGACCGCGCGCCUCGCUGUUGACAACUGUAUCAAGGUCUUAUAUAAGUCCGUAUCGACACAUUUUUUUUCCGACCUAUGGAAAACCAAAAAAUAGGAGAAAAAUGUAUCAAAUGUAACCAACCUGGCUUCGCAACUUCCGGUUUCUCCGAAGGUUUUCUCUAACGCGUUUUUUUUUUAUUGAUAUCAAUUACAAGAUGGGGCUUCACGGUGGCAGAGGGGUUAGUGCGUCUGCCUCAUAAUAAGAAGUUCCUGCAGUCCUGGGUUCAAAUCCAGGCUAGGGAUCUAUCUGUGUGGAGUUUGCAUGUUCUCCCCGUGAAUGCGUGGGUUCCCUCCGGGUACUCCGGCUUCCUCCCACCUCCAAAGACAUGCACCUGGGGAUAGGUUGAUUGGCAACUCUAAAUUGGCCCUAAUGUGUGAAUGUUGUCUGUCUAUCUGUGUUGGCCCUGCGAUGAGGUGGCGACUUGUCCAGGGUGUACCCCGCCUUCCGCCCGAUUGUAGCUGAGAUAGGCGCCAGCGCCCCCCGCAACCCCAAAAGGGAAUAAGCGGUAGAAAAUGGAUGGAUGGAUGGAAUUACGAGAUGUGUUGAUAUCGUUUUAUCGCCCGGCCCUAUCGUAAUCAGAAAUCAUCACAAUUAAACCGAGCGGAAGCAGCCGUGCAUCAACAAGAGCAGCGUAGCGCCCUGCUAUCCAUGCGCCACUAAAAUACAAACCCCGUUUCCAGAUGAGUUGGGAAAUAGUGUUAGAUGUCAAUAUAAACAGAAUACAAUGAUUUGCAAAUCAUUUUAAAUCCAUAUUCAGUUGAAUAUGCUACAAAAACAACAUAUUUGAUGUUCAAACUGAUAAAAAAAAAAUAAAAAAAUUAUUUAAAUAAUCAUUAACUUUAGAUUCGGAUGCCAGCAACACGUGACAAAGAGUUUGGGAAAGGUGGCAAUAAAUACUGAUAAAGUUGACAAAUUCUCAUCAAGCGCUUAUUUGGAACAUCCCACAGGUGUGUAGGCUAAUUGGGAACAGGUGGGUGCCAUGAUUGGCUAUAAAAGCAGCUUCCAUGAAAUGCUAAGUCAUUCACAAACAAAGAUGGAGCGAGGGUCACCAAUUUCUAAGGAAAUUGUCGAACAACAUUUCUCAAAGAGCUAUUGCAAGGAAUUUAGGGAUUUUACCAUCUACGGUCCGUAAAAUCAUCAAAAGGUUCAGAGAAUCUGGAGAAAAUCACUGCACGUAAGCGAUGAUAUUACGGACUGCUAAUCCUUCAGUCGGUAUUGCAUCAAAAACAGACAUCGGUGUGUAAAGGAUAUCACCACAUUGGCUCAGGAACACUUCAUAAAACCACUGUCAGUAACUACAGUUGGUUGCUACAUCUGUAAGUGCAAGUUAAAACUCUGCUAUGCAAAGCAAAACCCAUUUAUCAACAACACCAAGGAACACCGCUGGCUUUGCUGGGCCCCAGUUCAUCUAAGAUGGCAAAGCAGAAAGGUGUCCUGUGGUCUGAUGAGUCCACAUUUCAAAUUAUAUUUGGAAACUGUGGACGUGGUGUCUUCCGGAACAAAGAGGAAAAUAACCAUCCGGAUUGUUAUAGGUGCAAAGUUCAAAAGCCAGCAUCUGUGAUAAUAUGGGGGUGUAUUAGUAAGGCCUGGGUAACUUACACAUCUGUGAAGGCACCAUUAAUGCUGAAAGGUCCAUACAGGUUUUGGAGCAACAUAUGUUGUCAUCCAAGCAUUGUUAUCUUGGAUGCUCCUGCUUAUUUCAGCAAGACAAUGCCAAGCCACGUGUUUCAACAGCGUGGUUUUGUAGUGAAAGAGUGCGGGUACUUUCCUGGCCCGCCUGAAGUCCACACCUGUCUCCCAUCGAAAAUGUGUGGUGCAUUAUGAAGCGUAAAAUACGACAGCGGAGACCCCGGACUGUUGAACCACUGAAGCUCUACAUAAAACAAGAAUGGGAAAGAAUUCCACUUUCAAAGCUUCAACAAUUAGUUUCCUCACUUCCCAAACGUUUAUUGAGUGUUGUUGAAAGAAAAUGUGAUGUAACACAGUGGUGAACAUGCCCUUUCCCAACUACUUUGGUACGUGUCACAGCCAUGAAAUUCAAAGUUGAUUAUUAUUUGCAAAAAAAAAAUAAAGUUUAUGAGUUUGAACAUCAAAUAUCUUGUCUUUGUAGUGCAUUCAACUGAAUAUGGGUUGAAAAUGAUUUGCAAAUCAUUGUAUUCUGUUUAUAUUUACAUCUAACACAAUUUCCCAACUCAUAUGGAAACGGGGUUUGUAGUCCGUCUGCGUCAGCACUUAUAAUAACAAUAUCACUUAUAUUUGCUUCAUUUUCAGGUCACCACAUGUAAAUGGACGUUUAAAAAAAAAAAGUGAUACAUAAUGUGAUACAUUUUUUUCGUUUUGUUUUUCCCCAAAAAACAGAUGUUUUUUUUUAUAAAUAAACACAAUCUUCGCAU